UUCUCGCCGUUCACUCUCAACACUCAGAAUCAAGAAAAAGAUUCUAAAGAGCAAUGGCAUCGAGAUUGGCUUUCGGAGUUGAGCCCUUCAUUUGCUUCUCUCAGUCUAAAAGCAGCAGGAGGAAUGGUAAUGGCUACGGUCUCAGAUCUCCGACGAUCUCAAUGGCUUCCACCAUCGGAGCCUCGUCUUCGACCGCUAAGGUUGAGACCCCGAAGAAGCCGUUCAGUCCUCCAAGAGAGGUGCAUGUGCAAGUCGCGCAUUCUAUGCCAUCUCAAAAGAUAGAAAUCUUUAAGAGCUUGGAGAAUUGGGCUGAGACCAACAUCCUGACCCAUUUGAAGCCCGUUGAAAAGUGCUGGCAGCCGCAAGAUUUCCUACCCGACACUUCAUCCGAAGGAUACGAGGUCCAGAUAAAGGAACUGCGGGAACGGGCAAAGGAACUACCGGAUGAAUACUUUGUUUGCCUUGUUGGAGAUAUGAUCACAGAAGAGGCUCUCCCGACUUACCAAACAAUGCUCAACACCCUUGAUGGAGUUCGGGAUGAGACCGGUGCGAGCCUUACUUCGUGGGCUAUUUGGACAAGGGCUUGGACUGCUGAAGAGAACCGACACGGGGAUCUUCUUAAUAGGUAUCUUUACCUUUCUGGGAGAGUGGACAUGCGGCAGAUUGAGAAAACUAUUCAAUAUUUGAUUGGUUCAGGCAUGGACCCUAGGACUGAGAACAACCCGUACCUGGGCUUCAUCUACACCUCCUUCCAAGAACGAGCAACCUUCAUAUCCCACGGCAACACAGCCCGCCAUGCCAAGGACAAGGGAGACCUAAAGCUCGCCCAGAUAUGCGGCAUCAUCGCCUCCGACGAGAAGAGGCACGAGACAGCUUACACCAAAAUCGUCGAAAAGCUCUUUGAGAUCGACCCGGACGACACCGUCCUCGCCUUUGCUGACAUGAUGAGGAAGAAAAUCUCGAUGCCUGCUCACCUCAUGUACGAUGGUCGUGACGAUAACCUCUUCGAUCACUUUUCUUCUGUCGCACAGAGAAUAGGGGUUUACACUGCGAAAGAUUACGCAGAUAUUCUCGAGUUUUUAGUUGAUCGGUGGAAGGUCGGGGGGUUGUCGGGGUUGUCGGCCGAAGGGAGGAGGGCUCAGGAGUACGUUUGUACGUUGGUGCCGAGGAUUCGGAGGUUGGAGGAGAGGGCACAGGGGAGGGCAAAGCUGAGGCCUAAGGUUGGUUUUAGUUGGAUCUUUGAUAGGGAAGUGCAGCUGUGAGCUGGGGUUUUUGAGAGAGGGUUGGAAGUUUUGGUUUUCUGAAAGUUUUUAGGGUUUUAAUGAAGGUGUAUGCUGUGGGUGGUGUUUUUCAUGUACAAGUAUUAUGUUAACAAGUUAGUGGUAAAAGGGGUUUCGUUUUAGAUCA